CACUUCUUCUAUUUCUCAAAAUCGGUUCAGAUCUGCCCAUUCUGUGGUUUAUGAUAUUUGAUUUACAAGCCCCAUUGAGAAAUUUCUGCUACUCUUUGCCAUUAGCGAUUAGAUUCUCGGAAUUAGUGUAGCUUGCAAAUUAGUAUUCGUGUUGUUAAUUUCAGCAUCAGAUCGAAUCGCUCUCCCAAGUCCCAACCUCACAACCACUCCUCCGCCGCCGUUCAUUGCUGCACUGCCGUCGCAACCAUUCAUCGCUGCAGAUGCUGCUACAUUGCUACUGGAUUACUUUCCUUUUAUCACUUUCUUGUUUCUUGGGUGUUCUUCAUGCAAGCAUCGGUGAUGCUGACCCUUCAUACAGAUCAUGCCUAAUAGACUGUGAGAAAAUUGGAUGUGUUGGAGACACAUGCUUUCCACACUGCAACUUCUCAUCUAAUGCCACCUCUCAUUAUCUACAAUGGAAACAAUGGGAUUGCCAAAGUGAUUGUAGAUAUCAUUGUAUGCUAAAAAAGGAGCAAGAAAGAGCAUCAUUAGGUCAAAAACCAGUAAAGUAUCAUGGAAAAUGGCCUUUCAAAAGGGUAUUCGGAAUUCAGGAGCCUGCUUCUGUUGCAUUUUCUGCUCUCAAUUUAGCAAUGCAUUUUCAUGGGUGGCUUUCCUUCUUCAUUCUUUUGCAUUACAAGCUACCCAUGAAAUUAGAUAGAAAGCCUUACUAUGAUUAUGCUGGUUUAUGGCAUCUAUACGGGCUUCUAGCAUUGAAUUCAUGGUUUUGGAGUGUUGUUUUUCAUAGUAGAGAUGUGGAAUUGACAGAAAAACUAGACUACUUUUCAGCAAUUGCAUUACUUGGAUACUCCCUCAUUAUUUCCAUAUUAAGAAGCUUCAAUGUAAGGCUUGAAGCUGCAAGAGUCAUGGUUUCAGCCCCUUUACUUGCAUUUAUCACCACCCACAUUUUAUACCUCAACAACUACAAACUCGACUAUGGGUGGAACAUGAAAGUGUGUGUUACAAUGGGAGUAGCACAACUACUAAUAUGGGCAAUAUGGGGUGGAAUAACUCAUCAUCCAUCGCGUAUAAAACUAUGGUUUGUGAUAGUUUCGGGUGCAUUAGCAAUGCUUUUAGAAAUAUAUGAUUUUCCUCCAUACGAAGGAUUUAUUGAUGCACAUGCGGUUUGGCAUGCAACUACAAUCCCACUUACUUACAUGUGGUGGAGUUUUAUAAAAGAUGAUGCUCAGUUUCGAACGUCUGUUCUACUUAACAAGAUGUAUGUGGUGCCAGAUGUUUCUACUUUUUCACAUAAACACUCUUGUUGAUUUUGUAAUUUGUUGGUAAAAAAAAAAACGGAUGGAAUUGGUAAACAAGAGGAGAGGAGAGGGUGGGGUUUAACCCUUUUGUGUUGGGUUGUUGAAAUUAAACAAGAUGUUAAAGUUGGGUAAAAUGAUGAAAAAUGAAUUUUAGAUGUA